AUGGACUGGUGUCAGGCCACUAUCCCCAUAUGGAAACAACAGGUCAUUUUACAACCAAAGGCUAAUUCCAAGUUUACUAUUUUUCCUUCCGAUGAUCCGAAGGCACAAAUAUUGUACCAUGAAUGUAAAUUUGGGAAUUAUAUGAUCUUAUCUGAGAAUGGAGUUGCAAGAAAUUUAUCUCAACCUAAGGCACUUGAGGAGCUAUGGAUGAUGGAGUUUGAUGGAAGUUGCUUAGCAUCUUUCUCUAGAGCCGGAGUAGUUCUUAUUCCUCCCUCUGGAAAGCAUAUUACUUUCUCUUUCAAGUUGGAGUUUAAGAAUACAAAUAAUAUUGCUGAAUAUGAGGCCUUGUUGUUGGGAAUGGCUGAAGAAAAGAAAUUGGGAGUGAAAUUGUUACGGGUAAAAGGAGAUGUCGAGUUCAUUGUAAAACAAGUAAGAGGGUUAUUCAUUGUAAAGAAUGAAAGAUUAAAGAACUACCAAAAUAGGGCAUGGGAUGAAAUUGAAGGCUUUGAUGCUUUUUCUAUUGAAUCCAUCCCAUGUGAAUUCAAUUCUAAAGUCAAUUCUUUGGCAGUGUCGGCUUCUCUCUUGAUUCCUCAUCCCUAG